ACCCGCCUCACGCGGCGGCCCCCCACCCUAGCCCAGGCACCCGGGCGCUAUGCGGCUCCUCGCCCCGCCCCCCCCGGCCCUGCACCGGCCGCUGCAGCGCCCCCCUCGACCCGCCCCACCCCCAGCUUUUCCCGCGUGCUGCCUCGGGGCGCCUCGGCCCUGGGUCCCCUGUCCCGCAGCCCCCUCCGCGCCCUGCAGCAGCUGCCGGGCUGCUGCACCCGGCGCUGCCGCGGGAACUGCAGCCCCGGGACUGCUCCCGGGCGCCUUCCAGCCCCGCCCCUCCCGCACCCUUCAGACGCUCCCCUCCUUCGUCCCCGCCUGCCAACUGCCCCCUCCCCACCCGGCUCCCGAUUCCACUCUGCACCGGGUCCCCAGUUCCCACGCACCUGGUUCUCGGGACCCUCCCCAGCCCUGCAGCUCCAGCCCCGCUGCGGUGCUCGGGUGUGGGGAGAUGUUUAGUGCCGGGCCCCGCCCCCCCGCUAGUGCCGAUUCCAGGAUCCCAGCCUCGCUGCUGGGCAGUGCUGCGGCACCCCCGGCCCCUCCCCCCACCCCUGCAGUGGUCCCGGGAGCCGUGCGCCGCAGCCGCAGCAUCCCCCUCCCCUCCGCACUGAACUGGUCGCCGCCGCCGCCGCCGCAGCCCCGGUCCCCGCCACCCCCACCCGCGUUAUUUCUGCUGAGAGAAAGAACAAGGUCUCCCAGUUCCCUUGCUCUCCCGGUUGGCUUUGCUGGGACCGCAAGGCUGUCGGUGAGAAGCAGCAGGUGUGUAUUUGAAGCAUCGCCCACCAGCUCCUGGUGGACAGUCUGAGGCUGGGGCUGUUGCGUUGCCCUGGAACUUGAUGACAUGGUGGGAGCCAGGUGGUACUCCACCCACAUCUGUUUAGUGCCAUGGGGUGGCGUUAUCAUUGUGUUAGCCGUUGGUUGUCACCACCAGUCUGGUGGUGGGAGCAUCAUCGCUGCCCUCAUCUGAAGUCUGUCUAUGUCACUUUGUUUGGCUCCGUGUUCCAGUUCUUUCCCCUUCUCC